CCAGUUAAGUCUAUUGACGCGGAGUGUACUUGAACGCAACAUGGUAAAUUCUGACAUUUCUCCAACUCGGUCGUAGGACCACCGUUAAACAUGCUUAGUAUGGCGGAAUGGGAUCCACCUGCCAAGGAGCAAAGCUCCUGGUUAUUAAGUUGGCUGCCAUCAUGGUGCCCCACUUCCCUCACUCAGCUUAAAGAUGCAGAGGAGAAAAUGCUGAAAAGUGUCAAGCAGGCUUUCUCCAGACAGCAUGUCCGCAUCUCCAACGGAAACUACCUGUGGACCAUCGCCUUCCAGCCACCCUCCAUUCCACAGUCCAGGCCUCCUCUGGUUUUGCUGCACGGCUUUGGCGGCGGCGUGGCCCUGUGGACUCAAAAUCUGGACUCACUCUCCAGCGGCGGUGCCGUCUACGCCGUGGACUUGCUGGGCUUCGGCCGAAGCAGCCGGCCGCUGUUCAGCGGUGAGCCCGAGGGGGCCGAGGAGCAGUUUGUGGACGCGCUGGAAGAAUGGAGGGAGAAGCUGGGCCUGCAGGAAAUGCUGCUACUGGGACACAACCUGGGAGGAUAUUUGUCUGCUGCCUAUACUCUCAGAUACCCAAACAGGGUAAAACAUUUGCUGCUGGUAGAGCCAUGGGGGUUCCCCGCCCGUCCUGAGAACCCGCACCAUAACUCCAUCCCAGUGUGGAUCAGAGCCAUGGGGGCCGUCAUGAGCCCCUUCAACCCGCUAGCUGGCCUCAGGCUAGCCGGGCCUUUGGGUCCGACGCUGGUCCAAACAAUCAGAUCUGACUUCAAGCAGAAGUACUCCUCCAUUUUUGAUGACAACACCGUGUCCAACUACAUCUACCAUCUCAAUGCUCAGACUCCCAGCGGCGAAACAGCGUUCAAGAACAUGACCGUCCCGUACGGCUGGGCGAAGCGGCCCAUGUUGGAGCGCAUCGGACAAGUUCAGGCGGGAAUUCCCAUUUCUUUUAUUUACGGCUCGCGAUCAAGCAUCGACAGCGCCUCAGGAUACGCCUUCAAGAAAACCAGGCCGGAGGUUGGAAUCACCGUCAUUCGAGGAGCGGGCCAUUACGUUUUUGCCGAUCAGCCUGAAGACUUCAACCAAACAGUCCACAGCAUCCUCUCCAGAACCAGCUCAGACUUUGACCUGAAACCAUGACUUUUUUUUUUUUUUUUUAAACCUCACCACUAAACAGGGACCACUAAAGCAUUUAAGUUUUUCUUUCACGCACUUUACCGACCGGAGACGCUCGUCUGCCACUCGGGAUAAACUCUCCCUUGGCCUCCGAGGAUUGCGUCAAAAAGCUGGCGCGAAUAAUGCGAUCACGUGCCUUUGGAAAAAGAUGUGGGGCAACUCUUAUCUGAAUGUGGAAAGACAAUUCUCCCAAGUGGACAUCUUGUUCGGAGCACGGAUCUAUACAGAAUGUUCUCGCAGAUACGAGGGAAAAAGUAAAUAGGACAAAGGGCAACUGCUCGCCUGUGUGUGUGUGUGUGUGUAUGUGUAUGUGUGUGUUGGUUCUCGGAAUCCUCACCUCUCCUAACCUAACCAGUAGGUGUCAGCACAGCACACUGCCUCAACUGGUUUGUUACACAGUCCAUGAUCCUCUAGAAGUUUGGUUGUUUUUUUUAGGAGGUUGGAAUUCUACAAAAAAAAAAAAAAACAUACACUCACACACAAUCUGUUGCCUAAAAUGUGCAGCAGUAUAUGAGGUGUGUCAGAAGAACUCCAGGACAGGAGUCACAAAAGAUGUACAGUGGCGAUAUAUAAAAAGUCUACACACCCCUGUUAGUAAAGGUUUUUGUAAAAAGAAAAGAAAAAUGCCCCAAAGUAUUAUACUGUUCACUUUGCACAUUAAAGGGGUCAAUCACAGCCACCAGUCCUGGAACAUUUCAGACAUCACCUCAUAUUGUUCUACUGUCUUCCAUUGGAACACAACAAGGGAACAUUAAAUGGUUAGCCAAGUAGGAAUUCAUGUUUGUAGCUUGAUUUUUUUUUUUUUUUUGGUGUGUUCUUAUUUCAUGUGUUUAACAAACCUUUUAAAAUGAUAAAAUGUGGUUUCCUACCUGCAGCUCAAAUGUACUAAAAUAUAUCACGUCAUUGUAUCAACAAUAUAUACGUACAUAAUCUCAUAAACAACACAAGAGAUGUGAAUUUAAAAGCUAUUUGCAAGGAAAUUUGCGUCUGCUUUCAUAACUUCAUGUGACUGUUAAUAAAUGAUUUUUUUGGAAUUUUAAAAA